ACAACGUCUAAACAUGGCGAAUCUUUCACUAUUUAUCCCUCUGAAAACUCCACUUUUUCUUGUUAAGGAGCCUUGAAAUCUCAAUAACUUCUUUGUUCUAGUCUUGUCUUCAUAUGGUUGUUGUGUCACCGAAAAUGGCUAAUGCUACACCUAAUGGUUCGGUGCCACAUAACCAUGUAGGAGCAGUACUUCUAACAAUUCCCACAAUCAAAAUUGAUGGGAAGCAAACCCUAGCCACCGAAGAUCACACCAGCAUUGACUAUUUACAGAGGGCACAGUGGCUUCGUGCAGCGAUUUUAGGAGCCAAUGAUGGGUUGGUUUCGGUAGCAUCGUUGAUGAUGGGUGUAGGAGCUGUUAAAAGAGAUGCAAAAGCUAUGCUACUUGCUGGUUUUGCAGGGUUAGUUGCUGGGGCUUGUGGCAUGGCAAUAGGAGAGUUUGUUGCUGUGUACACUCAGUAUGAGGUAGAGGUAGGUCAAAUGAAGAGAGAUAUGAAUAUGAGUGUGGGAGGGGAGAGAGACUUGGAGAUGGAGAUGGAGAGAAGAACAUUGCCUAAUCCAUUGCAAGCUACUUUGGCAUCAGCACUCUGCUUUUCUAUAGGUGCAUUGGUGCCUCUACUUUCUGCUGCUUUCAUUGAAAACUACAGGACUAGGAUUAUUGUGGUUGUGGCAAUGUCUUGUUUGGCUUUGGUGGUGUUUGGAUGGGUGGGCGCUAAGCUGGGAAAAACUCCCAAGUUAAAAUCUUGUGUAAGGUUCCUUCUUGGAGGAUGCAUAGCCAUGUCCAUCACUUUUGGCUCAACUAAAUUACUUGGUGCUAGCGCAUUAUAAUAAUGAUAAAUCCUGAAACUGCACUACUGCUAUUCGAUCCUAAAGAGGCUACACAAAAUCAUUAAGAUAUGAUAUGAAGGUCUGUUAGUGCUCCUCUUGGGCCUGCUGUCAUGGGCCUCUGCUGUAGGUUCUUCCUAUCAUAUAUAUUA